CAAGAGAUAUGCCUAACAAAAAAACCUUGAAUUACAACCGUUCAAAAAAUCAUGAGAUCUUCCCGAAACAAGACAUUUAACAAGCCAUGGUGUACAUAACCUCUAGAACUGACGUGUUGGAAGAUUAAACCACAAAAUGACGUCCAAAAAAUCUGUGAUUUUAUCCCUUGCUGUUGUGUUGUGGUUGUCAGUCUUCAACACUCAGAUUUCUUGUAGUACAAACACGACUGUUACAUCUUCUAGUUCUUUUAACGUCUCAACACAAGCAUUGACUAGAUCUCCAAUUCCCUCUUCUUCAGUAGUGUCUUACAAUUUGAGCAGCGUUUCUCACAACCAUUCAACUACACCAACACCAGUUAUUAUCACCUCUAGUGUGGAAGUAACUCCAGUAACAUUGAGUGUGGACACUCCAUAUUCCAGCAAUAGUACUUCUUCGAUACUCCCUUCAUUCAAUACUACAGCAACCACAACAGUAGCAAGCAACUACACGAAUGCUCCAAAUGCAACGAGUAGUUUGUCGAGUCUUGGCUCAGCAAGUCAAACAGCAUCAAACUUUACUACAGCAUCUUCCUCGGCAAUAAGUAUAGUAAAAAACGUAAACAGUAGUGCAAAUAUUUCAAGUACCUCUAGUUAUUCUGUAUAUUUUGUGAACUCAGCUAUCACUACUACACCUCAUGUUUCUAAUUUCACUAGUACUAUUAUUACUAGUACGGCUUAUGUUAUCAUACCAACUACCUCCUCAAGUUUAUUGCAAAAAAAUUCAAGCAUUUUAGAAACAUCAAGAACUGUGUUGUCAUAUAGUGUGAACCAUUCACAAAGUAUAGAAUCUGCAGAGUCAUCACUGAGUGAAAAAUAUCUCUCAACAUCAAUGAGUGGGAAUGUCAAGACAUCAAGCACUGUUAGUGUUGCCUUAUCUACAAGAAAUUCAACUCUUGUAGUACAAACUUCAAGUAGUUCAUUGAUYGCUGCUAGCUCGGUGGCUGAUAGCAUGAUGAUUUCAUCAGUGUCAUCAUUGUCAUCAACAUCCAGUAGUAAUGCAACACAAGAGGCCGUGCAAACAUCUGUAAAGCCAUCGACAACUACACAAGUAUCUAAUAGCACAACACACUCCAUUCUGAACUCAAGCGAAUUUAAGACACAAACGCCCUCAGCAAGUCACAGACCUUCAAGUACUUUUCUGUUGCCAUCACCGUCACAGACUUCAAUACCAAUCGUUACAACAGGUAUAACUCUGAAUUCAACCCAAGUCCAUACUGGUGAUCCAUUGCCAAGUUACAGCCCUGCAAGCCUCUCUUUGUUGCCGUCACCAACAUCAACACUGAAUGUAACAAAUCAGCAAUCAAGUCAGACUGAUGACUUCAAAGUGGUAUCAUAUACGACUCCAUGUUAUAUCACUUAUGUCAUCACACAAACUAUCAAUGAAACAAGUUUUGGACCAACGACUGUUGCCAUGGAAACAUCUGUAUCCAGUGUCUUGAGUAAAUCAGAAUCGCAAGGUGUAACAAAGACACCUGUUGUUACUAAAGCAACAUCCACAGUGUCAAUGGCAUGGAAUAUGACAUCAUCAAGUAGGUCAGUUGUCAUGGAAACAGCGCUUUCAUCAUCAUCAUCAUCACCAUUUCCUCAACUAUCAUCAUUGUUCCCAUCACCCUCAGCAAUAUCAUCACCAUCAUUAUCGUCACCAUCAUUGUCUUCAUUAUCAUCAUCAUCACCAUCAUCAUCACCAUCAUCGUCUUCAUUAUCAUCAUCAUCACCAUCAUCAUCACCAUCAUCUUCUUCAUUAUCAUCAUCAUUAGCAUCAUCAUCAUCUGCAGAGAUGGUUAAUACUACAAGCAGAGGGGUGAUACAGCAAAGCUCUUCAGUGUUACAAACUGGCAACAGUAGCAGCAUUAAGGCGACAGCUACACAGAUAACAGCUAAUAUGACGUCAUUAACACCAGCAGCAUCAACAGUUAACAUCAGUAGCGUGGGCAUCAGUUACCAUACCAUCACACCAGCAACAUCAACAGUUGAGACAUCCAUCAUUCCUGGCAACACCAGUCAUAACAGUACUGUCACCCAGGCAGCUAGCACCGUGACUAGUACUCAUUCCUUUAGUGUAGAACCAACAAGAAUAACUAAUGCUAAUGUAACUACUACUUUGGGAAAUGUGUCUGAUUCAAUGAGUGCAGCUUUAUCUGCUCCUAGUGAACCAACAAAGACAGUGAAUUUUGUCUCCAAGACAACUACAGCCUCACUUCAAAUGUCAUCGUUGAUUCCCAAUGUUACCGCUACAUCAAGCUACACAAUGUACAAUACAAUAUCUACUGGAGGUACUAAUGUCUCUGGUGUACAGACAUCAAGUAUAUAUACAGUCAAUACCAGUGCCGCAGAUGCCACAGCUAUAAGUCCAAGCAUGACUGUACCAUCUCCUGGUUUGAUUUCUACGUCAGGCACUCCAACACUACCAAAUAACACCAAUGUUUUCCCUUCAAAUACUGUGGACACUGUCUCUACUGGUAAUAAUAGCUUGUCAGCUCCAACUCCAUCCUCAGUUUUGAACUCUACGUCGCCAUCUCCAACAGCAGGAGCCGCUAAAAGGAGAAGACGGAGGGAAGUUGGUGUUGGAUUGGAUUCAAGUAAUUCUUCUAGCAGUAGUAGAAAUGAAUCUGAUGUAUCAUACAGUAGCUAUGGUACUACUCUUGCAACCUCAUUAUUACCCUCAUCACCAUCAUUAUUACCAUCGUCAUCAUCAUCAAUCCCAGGAGUAAGCACUUCUGAUUUAAAUGCUACUAUAACUACUGGUCAACCUAAAGGUCCCACUGUUACCAUGGCUAAAACAACAUCAAAUACUACUUCAACUACUGUUGGCAUGACAACAACAGCUUCAACGUCAUCUGUUUUGCUUAUGCCUACCACAACAUCACCUAUAAAUGAAAGUGCAAUGGCAUUAGUGAAUACAACCUCAGUAUCAAUUUCUUCAGAAGCCGCUAACAUCACAUACAGCGUUAGUGCAACACCAACAACUGUUUCCAUACCAACAGUAUUUCUUAAUUCUUCAUCCAAUAUUUUGCUAACGCUGAGUACUAGUAACGUAGCUGGUGCUUYGUUAGUAAAUACAGGAAACAUGCCAACAGCAACACUCGCUUCAAGUGUGUCAAUUACAGCAUCAAAAUUGACUCCAACCUCCUUCGGCAUCAACUACACAUUGAUUCCAUCAAGCAGAUCAUUCAAUAGCAAUGACAGUAGCACUGUUCCACCUAUAACUGUUGUCAUGACACCUACAGCUGCCAUGCCAACAUCUGAGACCUCUACUAUUAAAAUCAACAAUACUGCAGUAUCUCACACAGUUGUCAUGCCAACAUCUGUGACCUCUACUAGCUACCUUAACAAUACUAAAGUAUCUCACACAGUUGUCAUGCCAACAUCUGUGAACUCUACUAGCUACCUUAACAAUACUGAAGUAUCUCAUACAGUUGUCAUGCAAACAUCUGUGAACUCUACUAGCUACCUUAACAAUACUGAAGUAUCUCACACAGUUGUCAUGCCAACAUCUGUGAACUCUACUAGCUACCUUAACAAUACUGAAGUAUCUCACACAUCAAGUGGUGGACUAUCAACACGUUUUUCUCCAUCGUUGGCAUCUAAGAGUCGUGAUGUGACAUCAACCUCAYCUGAUGUCAAAGUUAGCAGAUCACAAGUGGCAAACACUACUACAACAAGUCCCAUAUUCAUUCCUACCUUAACACCGACAUCCAUUCAUCCUACACCUCUACUCACUUCACCAAACCCUCCUCAAACAAGUGAUGUUACAAGUAGUAUAGAGUCCUCUUCGCACAGAAAGAAUAUCUUACUGACCACUUCAAGCCUUGGUAUCUGCUAUGUGGUCUAUACUACACGAGUGAUGCACUCAUCUAUUGUACCAACUCCUUCAUUAGUUACUACAUUGAAUCAAACAACAGCUUACGGGACGUCUUCUCAGAGUAUUAGCAACACUAGUAUUAUGACGUUCAGCAGUAUUGCUCCAUUCAAGUCUCUUGUUCUUGAGAUGAACUCGACUCUGGUACAAACAGUYAUAACAACAGCGGCAGUAACAGUGACAACCUCCUCUUUGAUUAUCAAUGCUACAUCUGCCCCAGUCACUUCACAACACAAAAGCUCAUCUUCACCAGUGAAUGCAACUCCAGUUUUAAAUUCUACACAAACAACUGGUUCUGUUUCAAAGAGUAUUGCUGUCAAUACUACUUCGCUGUCACCAAUAGCAACAGUUGUAUCAAGUGUAGUUUCUAUGGCAACAACAAACAGCACUGUGUAUCCAAGUACUACUAGUUUAAGUGCGAUUGGGGGUGUUACGUCAUCAGCCAUGAUCAAUUCAUCCAGUCACGUCUCUCCUCACCCCAGCACCAGUUUGUUCAAUGUCACAGCAAGUCAGGCGUCAAGUACGCUUAUGCUAACUAGCACAUCCAUUUCGCCCAGUAUGAGUGCCUUUGUCAUGACAACCUCUAGUGUGGUCACUACUCCCUUAACAACAACAACAGCAAGGCCAACAACAGCACCAAUUCCUGACAACAGUACAUUGAUAAAGACAACGCUACAGAUUCCUCGUGAUGUUGACGUGAAUACUGAGGAUGUGAGAAAAAAUGUUUCCACAGGACUGGAAGAAACAUAUAAUAGUGCUAGUGCAGCAAGAAGAAAGAGACGAGCAACUGAUGGAACUGAUGCAAAGAUUUAUAACAUCACGAGGCAAAACCCCCUAUCCACAGAUGCUGUAGUACUUUUUAGCAUUGCCAGAAAUGGAAAGACAUUAUCUGCUGUCGAAGCUGUUGCAGAGUAUGACAAGAUCACUAACUUGUCUUCCAUAGGAGUUUGGAAGGUUAUCAGCAGACCAGAACCAUUUGUGGCCCCAACCCCUCCUCCUCAGAGUGUUCUUGUAUCAAUGAUAUUCGAGAGAAUUAAUAGGAACUUGUCUGUACCGAGUAACAAAAAAGCAAUGGAAGAGAGGCUGGCUUCAUAUUAUAAAAAGGAGAAAGGCACUGCAGCAAUGGUUACUGCUACGAUCCACGUGAUUCUGCUGGAGAAAACCCARCACGUGUACGUGCAGUUCUACAUCACGGAGGACGGCAAACAAGUGCCUGCCGCAACAGUCGUCAAAGUAUUUGACGUCGAACACGUGACACAGUUAACAGCCCACUUACAGGAACAGGUCAUUGUUGGUCCGUACACGGAUGAGUCAUUACGAGGUGAACAGACUGAUUACAUUAUAACCCGUAUCGCAGCGUCAGCAUCCAAGAUGCAAGACCCAGCGUUCAAUAAUGAACUUGGUGAUAAGCUGGCCAUGACGUACAUCACGGGUAAAGCUAAGGGGAGCUCAAGGAGAAAGAGAAGAGCUAUUGGUAGUGUUAGUGCUACGAUCGUGAACAUAACGGCAGCGAACGGAUCCAGUAGUUUUGCUGAUGUGACAUUCUUUAUUUUUGACUCUGGUAAAGUUGCUAAUGCAACAUACGCUACRGCAGUCAUGAACAGGCUGACAACAAAUGAGAUGUCACUCAUUACCAGUCCAUACGCGAUAAUUACCAGUCCUCGUCCAGUAGUGGUUCCCAAGGUAACCGAGACUCCUCCCGCCACCAUUCCCCCUGUGGUUAUCCCGUACUGGAUCAUCGGCGCAGUACUAGGCCCCAUCUUCCUAAUCAUCAUCAUUAUCUUACUGAUUUACUGGAGAUGGAGGAGUGGUGCUCCUCAGAGUAAAGUACAACCUGCUGUACAGAAAACACCAGAGUAUCUGAGAAAAACAAAUAUGCAACGCAUGCAAACACAGGACGAGGUACGGUAUGCAGAGAGUAAGCCAUCAAUGUCUAAGAUCGCCAACAUGUCGGCAGUUGUCGACAGAAGCUACGAAAACCUUCCGAAGCGCGAGACAUCGUUACGAAGAAAGGUCGCCAAAACUUCCAUGCAGAAACGAGCAGAUAKGUCCAGCAGGACAAACGCGGCAUACGAGGAGAGCGAAGAAGAUGAAGAUUACGACAACAGUUUCAUCACGAUGAGUAGUACAUCGCAGAGUAGAGUCAACACAACACAACCAGGACCCAGAAUGAACAGGCAGACAAUCAGUGUACCUGUAAGAUCAACACCCCGUAAAACAACUCAAAAAAUACUUGAAGAAACUGAAACCGGGUCAUCAGAAUCUGAAGCUGAGAGCAUCGCCACAACAAGGACAGACCAGACUAAGUUUUCUGCCGCGCAGGUGCCCACGGUGGCUGUGAUGGGUGGGUCCAGCGGUAAUCAGCCUCAAGUUCCUGUUCGCUUCCGGUCAUCAGUGCACCCAGUCUCCUCUCUUCCACCCAUUCACAACAAACACACUUCUCUUAUUGCUCCACCAACUGAUGACCAAGAAGACGAGACGCCAAGAAAAACUAAACGACGAAGCAAAGCAGCACAACAAGAACUCAAACAAAAGGCUGACAUGGAGAGAUUGCGCAACAAAAAAAGACAAAGAGAAAGAAAGAACAAGGUGACUCCCGUCCAAGAUCGUGAGAGGAGGGCCUGGGCACGAGAUGAACUGGAACAAGUGUUGGAUCCCAGGCCUCUGGAUCCCUUCAGUAGAAGUAAACGACGAAAGCCUCAGCGAUCCAAGAGAGCUGAUAGUGUGGCUACAGAUGAAGAUGCGAUUGAAUUGAAGAGUUACAAACAACACCCUAGUCCCGAAGACACUAUGAAACAGCCUCCAAAAGAUGAAGACCAAACCGAAGACCAGUCGGGAGAGUCUAGUGACGAGUCUAGUAUCAGCAUGGAAGAAACAAGGAAACGUAUGCACACGCUCCUUGACGACGCCUUCUCGUUGCUAGGGCCUCUAUCCCAGACACAAAAACAAAGGCCCGCGACACUACAGGGGCCUGGUGACUAUUAUAAUCGACCUCCAGCUCCUGCAAGAUUUGCUGGGAGUACGCCAGCUUUACCAGAACCUGCUCCGGCACACGGCAGAGCAUCCGAGCCUACACCAAGACAGAGGAGAAGACUGGGCAACACUGGUGGAUUUCCUCAUGGUUUACCACAGACACCCAUCGGACCUGGUUACCCAGUACGUCCUCCUAUGCGACCGCCCCUUGUAACUAAUGAGCCAGUGGUUGUCUGGGAUCCGUACGAUAGACAACGGUACAUUAACCAACGAAUGGGUUUCCUUCAUCAAGGUGGCCACAACCCAACCUACACGUAUACCGACCCACAUGGACAGAAUGUCUAUAUAACACCAGUACAACAGCAGAGGGAUUAUAUGGGAGGUCCAAUAUGGAGUCCAUAUACAGCAGAAGACACAAUGGAAGACCUGUACCCUGACUUAGCUAAGUCCAACUAUCCCGGUGCCUUGGGAACCUCGCCUCCUAAAGACCCUGGAUACCGUGACGUCAACUCACGUGACACAGUCAUUGACAUGAACGAUCAGUAUGGUCAGCGGAGUAGUGGCUUAGGACAGGCGCCUCAGCCACUUAUUCGUUCAAUAAAAGAUGAACUCCUGAGGCUUUCAAACGGAGGAACAAGACGAACGCCUAUCACGGAACUGUAAUUCAAGUAUGGAAUCCCUGUGGUGGUGAGGGACUGGCACAGCCCAGUCUUAUGUUAAGUUUCAUUUUUUGAUUGGAUUUGUUUUACUGAAAACCCGUGCAAACAGUAGUUCCAUCGUUUUCUUUUGUCCAUAUGACCAUCACGAGUUGAUGAAGUCCUUUCUACCAUCUCUUUCUCUUUUACUCCGACGAAGGACUAGAGUCCGAAACGUCAGUAAGUUUUUUCAUCUUUUCAUGGUGUAUAAUUUACCUUUUCAUCAUUACUGUUUCAUUAGAAACACCGACGCAGCUCACACUAGUUUUUAGGUAGUUAUCUCUUCUCAUUAUGAAUGAUCAUUAUUUCUCGUUUCACGGGUUCAGUAGAAUAACUCUAAGUUGUUUUAAUGGAGCAUUUAUUUAUCAGUUUUAGCUCAUAUUAGGUUUUUAACUUAGUUAUCAUUUAAGUAAAACAAAUAUACGCGUCCAGUAGAGGCUUCGCACCAUCACGUGACGRCAGCCAUGUUAGAUGACAAGAACAAUACCAUCGUUUUACAUGAGGAAGAAUUCAAUUCCCAAGAGCAAAGGGAUUUUAUUGUUCUGCCAUCUAACCACAGGCAGCUCAAGCUGUAUUAUGGGAUGGGCACGUGAUGGUGCAAAGCCUCUACUUUAGCCAUUCAUUCAGACGUAUUCAUUUUUAUGUCAAGCAAACAAAAAACCAAGAAAUCUAGGCUUUUCAUGACCAUUCUUACAUUCACUUUUUUUAAAUAACCUGUCUUUGAAAAUUAUCGCUGGAAUUUUAGAAAUAAGGAUUUUUUUAUUGGCUUUAAAAAAUGUCUUCAGCUUUCGUCACACGAUAGUCGUUAGCUGUCUUAAGGAGUAUAUAGGCUUUGAACUAUCACGUGAGAUCAGCCAUGACAUAUGGCACGUCUUUUUCUCCCCUGGGAAACUGAAUUCUUGCUCAUGUAAAUCAGAUUAGACGGGAUUCAAUUGUUCCUGCCUCCUGUCAUGGCUGCCAUCACGUGAUGUUGCAAAGCCUCUUUUUCAUGUUUUAUGGGAGGCACGAGGGGGGAGGGGUCAGGGAAUGAAUGUCUCCCAACACCCUUCAACCUUUUUUGCAAUUCGUUAUAUUAAAAAUCAAAUGAUUCUCGAAUCUUUCAAAUAGAGAAAAAAGUAUACACAAGGGAAUGUAACGUGUCCCUUGGAAUAAAAAAUUAUGGUCUAUGCAUAUGACAUACGUGACGUCAUAGCCGCCAUCUUGGUUGACUAGAUUUCUCAAGACUACUAUCCAUCCCUCCAUCCUCCAUUCCAAACAUGAAUGAUCAAAUUAAAAUUAAAAUAAUUAUUGUUCUACACUGACUAGCCUCGUGUUUCCAUGGAAACAUAAAAGCGUUUUCACAUGCAUGGCAGGCUAAGUCAAUCGCUGGUCGGGGCAGAACAAUGGUUAUUCAAAUUAGUCGCCAUAUUUUGAUACGGUGUAUAGAAUUAAAGAUUAAUAGAUCACUCGAUAAACACAAACAAGUUUGGGUUAAGGUCCAAGGCUCAUCUUAAAAACUUAUUAGUAAAUGACGUCACAAUCUGCCUUUGAUGUGACGUCAUCAUGAASACGUGAUCACAAUACAAACAAACUAUUCAUGAUUCAUUUGGAUAUCUGUGCUCACGUGAUUAACCUUGAUAUAAUAACAUGCUUCGCAAUGUAUCAAGGGACAACUAAUUCAGAUUAAGAAUAUAUAUUAAAAUAUUGUGAAGCUUUGAGAAUAUUGUAAAGUGUGAAUAUAUAUCAUUAGAAAACGUU